UUCGAUUUAAACCCCAAAAACUCAAAAAAAAAAAUUCAAGAAAAAAAUUCGAAAUAAUUCAAAAAAAAUGGGAGAAGAAUCAACAAAACCUCCAAUGAUCGGGAUCAAGAAUCUCAGAUUCACAUACCCAGGGAUCGACGGACAUCCGCCUCCAGGAUCGGCGCCGCUCAUCGACGAUUUCAAUCUAUCCCUCAACGCCGGCGAUCGAUGUCUCCUCGUUGGAUCUAAUGGAGCUGGGAAGACGACGAUACUGAAGAUUUUGGGAGGGAAGCACAUGGUGGAUCCUGAGAUGGUUAGGGUUUUGGGGAGGUCGGCGUUUCAUGAUACGUCGUUGACAUCGUCGGGAGAUCUCUCGUAUUUGGGCGGAGAGUGGAGGAGGGAUGUUGCUUUUGCUGGUUUUGAGGUUUCAAUACAGAUGGACGUAUCUGCAGAGAAGAUGAUAUAUGGGGUCUCUGGCAUUGAUCCUCAAAGGAGGGAGGAGCUGAUCAAGGUGUUAGACAUAGAUCUCUCAUGGAGAAUGCACAAGUCAUCAGAUGGUCAGAGAAGACGUGUUCAGAUCUGCAUGGGUCUUCUUAAACCUUUUAAGGUUCUCCUUCUUGACGAGAUUACUGUUGAUCUAGAUGUGCUGGCGAGGGCCAAUCUUUUGAACUACUUAAGGAAGGAAUGUGAAGAAAGAGGUGCAACAAUUAUUUAUGCAACGCAUAUUUUUGAUGGUCUAGAGAAUUGGCCAACACAUAUGGUGUAUGUUGCGCAUGGGAAAUUGCAGUUAGCAUUGCCUCUCGAAAAAGUUAAAGAAAUGAGCAAUCUCUCCCUGAUGAGAACGGUUGAGAGUUGGCUAAGAAAGGAGAGAGAAGAGGACCGGAAGAGACGAAGGGAAAGAAAAGCAAAGGGUCUACCUGAGUACGAGAACAGAGGUGAGGGCACUCGGGUUGUAGGAGACCCAGCCAAGCAUGCUGUUCGUUUGAUAAACAACGGCUGGGCAGGAGGAAGGCUAAACUCGACUGUUGCGGGUGAAGAGAACUUCGUCUUCAGCUCAAAUCGUGUUCUCAGGCAAUAGUCCCCAUUUUUUCAAUCUCUUGUUGUUUCGUUUGAAAUUUUAUUAAAACUGUGUUAAUUAUGUGAUGCAAAUGUAUGCCAAUGGCUUUUCCAUUGGUAUCGAUGGCAAAAGCAUAUUUGUUGUUUGUGUUCAAAAAAUGUGAACCACAGAAAAAAGAGAGCAAUAAUAUUAGCCUGUGUUCUGCUAUUUGCAAUUUACAG